AUGGCAUCGCUUGCUAGAUUACUCCCAGGUGUAGCAGUCAUUACAGGCGCUGGAGGGACUGGCAUUGGGGCGGCUGUCGCCAAAGGUUUCGCCCGAUCAGGCUGUUCGCGGAUCGCAAUUACCGACUUGAACCCGAAAACCCUUGACCAGACCAAAGACGCCAUCCUAAGCAUCAACCCAUCUGCUCAAGUCUUCCACAGAGCUGGAGAUGUCGCUGACGAAAGUUUCGUUGACGAGUUCAACGACGAGGUAUUUACCAAAUUCAAAAGAUUAGAUUAUGGUGUCAACUGCGCGGGUGUACUUGGGGGCGAUGUCAUCAAAGCAGUGGACAUGACCACUGAGCACUUCGACCGACUGAACGCUAUCAACUACAAGGGGUCGUGGCUUAGUUGUCGCGCACAGUUGAGAAACAUGCUGAAACAGAAGCCUUUGGAUCAGCAUCCCAAGCAAAGGGGUUCAAUUGUCAAUAUUGCGAGUCAGCUCGGCAUCGUGGCAAGGCCGGGUGCUGCUGCGUACUGCGCCUCAAAGGCUGCUAUAAUCAAUAUGACACGUGCGAAUGCCAUUGAUUAUAGCGACGAUGCUAUUCGUGUGAACUGCGUUUGCCCUGGCGUCAUUGAAACGCCAAUGACUACCACAUCGCCAGCUAUGGUGGAGGCGUUGAAGCCUGCCAUUGAGAUAGCACCUAUGAAGAGGAUGGGUACACCGGACGAGGUCGCUGACGCAGUACUAUUCUUGUGUUCGGAACAGUCAUCCUUCAUUCAAGGGCAUGCGCUUGUUGUGGAUGGCGGCUACACAAUCAAUUGA